CAGAGACCCCGCCCCCGCGAGUAGGGCUCCUCCUCCGCCAGGCCGGCCCCGCCCAGGUCGCGGCGUGGGCGCGCGCAGGCGCGGGGUGGUACGGCCGCGCGCUCCCGGCGGGCUUGCUCUUGUGCAUCCCGCGAUGCCCCGCACCAAGUCCGCGUCUAGCGGCCUUUCUUCCGCCGCGCAAGCCCCGGGGAGACAAGCGGUUCUGAGCCGGUUCUUCCAGUCUUCCGGAAGCCUGCGAUCCACUGCGUCCACCGCGGACCCGGCAGAGAAGUUUACAAAAGGUGACAGCAGGAAGAGAUCACUGGGGAAUGAUGGGCCCAUUAAGAAGAAAGCGAAGAAAGUUCUAGGGAAGGAAGAAGAAAAUACUUCAGGAAUAUCUGGCAACCCUGAGCCAAAGAAAUGUCUGAGGUCCAGGAUUGUUUUAAAGUCUCUGGAAAAGCUGAAAGAAUUCUGCUGUGAUUCUGCCCUCCCUCAGAACAGAGUCCAGACAGAGCCUCUUCGGGAGAGAUUUGCAGUUUUGCCAAAAUGCACUGAUUUUGAAGACAUCACUCUGCAACGUGCAAAGAAUGCACUUUCUUCUGAGGAUUCCAAAUCUCAGGCUAAUCAGAAAGACAGUCAACUUGGACCAUGCCCCGGAGAUUUCCGGAAGGCUUCUGACUGUAAACCUUUUAAUAAACGAUCCAAGAGCGUCUAUACACCAUUAGAAUUGCAAUACAUAGAUGUGAAGCAGAAGCAUAAAGAUGCGGUCCUGUGUGUAGAAUGUGGGUACAAGUACAGAUUCUUUGGGGAAGAUGCAGAGAUUGCUGCUCGGGAGCUCAAUAUUUAUUGCCACUUAGACCACAACUUUAUGACAGCAAGCAUACCCACUCACAGACUCUUUGUGCAUGUCCGGCGACUUGUGGCCAAAGGAUACAAGGUUGGAGUUGUGAAACAAAUGGAAACUGCGGCACUUAAGGCCAUUGGAGACAAUAAAAGUUCCGUCUUCUCCCGGAAGUUGACUGCUCUUUAUACAAAAUCCACCCUCAUUGGAGAAGAUGUGAAUCCUCUAAUCAGGCUGGAUGAUUCUGUAAAUAUUGAUGAGGUAAUGACAGAUACUUCUACCAGCUAUCUUCUGUGUAUCUAUGAAGAGAAAGAAAAUAUUAAGGACAAAAAGAAGGGGAACAUUUCCAUUGGUAUUGUGGGAGUGCAGCCUGCCACGGGCGAGGUUGUGUAUGACUGCUUCCAGGACUCGGCUUCCAGACUGGAGCUGGAGACUCGCAUAUCGAGCCUGCAGCCCCUGGAACUGCUGCUUCCCUCACACAUGUCGGAGCUGACGGAAAUGCUCAUCCACAGAGCCACUGCUGUCAGUAUGCAGGAUGACAGAAUUCGAGUGGAAAGGAUGGAUAACACUUAUUUUGAAUACAGCCAUGCUUUCCAGGCAGUUACAGAGUUUUAUGCCAGAGAGGUAGCUGACAGCAAGGGCUCUCAGAGUUUCUCUGGUGUCAUUAACCUAGAGAAGCCUGUGAUCUGCUCCUUGGCCGCCAUAAUAAAGUAUCUCAAGGAAUUUAACCUGGAAAAGAUGCUUUCCAAACCAGAGAAUUUUAAACAGCUAACAAGUGGAAUGGAAUUCAUGAGAAUUAAUGGAACGACGCUAAGGAAUCUGGAAAUCCUCCAGAAUCAGACUGAUAUGAAGACCAAAGGAAGUUUGUUUUGGGUUUUGGACCACACCAGAACCUCAUUUGGGAAAAGGAAGUUAAAGAAGUGGGUGACCCAACCAUUGCUUAAAUUAAGGGACAUAAAUGCCCGACUCGAUGCAAUAUCUGAUGUUCUCCAUUCAGAAUCCAGUGUAUUUGAGCAGAUAGAAAAUCAUCUACGUAAAUUACCUGACAUCGAGAGAGGACUAUGUAGCAUUUAUCAUAAGAAAUGCUCUACACAAGAGUUCUUCUUGAUUGUCAAGAGCCUGAGUCAGCUACAGUCAGAGCUUCAAGCAUUAGCACCUGCUGUUGGCGCCCAUGUACAGUCAGACUUACUGCGAACACUCAUCUUAGAAACCUCUGCGCUCCUCAGUCCAGUGGAACAUUACUUACAGAUUCUCAAUGAACAGGCUGCCAAAGUUGGCGAUAAAACUGAAUUAUUCAAAGACCUCUCUGACUUCCCUUUAAUAAAAAAGAGGAAAGAUGAAAUUCAAGAUGUUAUUCAGAGUAUCCAAAUGCAUUUACAAGAAUUACGAAAAAUACUAAACCGUCCUUCUCUACAAUAUGUGACUGUAUCAGGACAAGAGUUUAUGAUUGAAAUAAAGAACUCAGCUGUAUCAUGCAUCCCAGCUGAUUGGGUGAAGGUUGGAAGCACAAAAGCUGUGAGCCGCUUUCAUCCUCCUUUCAUUGUAGAAAACUACAGACGUCUGAAUCAGCUCCGGGAGCAGCUAGUCCUUGACUGCAGCGCUGAAUGGCUCCAUUUUCUAGAGAAUUUUGGAGAACAUUACCACACUUUGUGUAAGGCUGUGAAUCACCUAGCAACUGUUGACUGCAUUUUCUCCCUGGCCAAGGUCGCUAAGCAAGGAAAUUACUGCAGGCCAACUCUACAAGAAGAAAAUAAAAUCAUCAUAAAAAACGGAAGGCAUCCUAUGAUUGAUGUGCUGCUGGGUGAACAGGAUCAGUUUGUGCCCAACAGUACGAGUUUAUCAGAAGACUCUGAAAGGGUAAUGAUAAUCACUGGACCAAACAUGGGUGGGAAGAGCUCCUACAUAAAACAGGUUGCGCUGGUUGCCAUCAUGGCUCAGAUCGGUUCCUACGUUCCUGCAGAGGAGGCAACGAUUGGGAUUGUGGAUGCCAUUUUCACAAGGAUGGGUGCUGCAGACAAUAUAUACAAAGGACGGAGUACUUUUAUGGAAGAGCUGACAGACACAGCAGAAAUAAUCAGGAAAGCGACACCGCAGUCCUUGGUCAUCCUGGACGAGCUGGGAAGAGGGACAAGCACUCAUGAUGGAAUUGCCAUCGCCUAUGCUACGCUUGAGUAUUUUAUCAGAGAUGUGAAAUCCUUAACCCUGUUUGUCACCCACUAUCCACCAGUUUGUGAACUUGAAAAACUUUACCCAGAGCAGGUGGGGAAUUACCACAUGGGAUUCUUGGUCAAUGAGGACGAGAGCAAGCAGGAGUCAGGUGAUACGGAGCAGGUGCCCGACUCUGUCACCUUUCUCUACCAGAUAACCAGAGGGAUUGCCUCGAGGAGCUACGGACUGAAUGUGGCAAAGCUAGCAGAUGUGCCUGGAGAAAUCUUAAAGAAAGCCGCUCACAAGUCCAAAGAGCUGGAAGGCUUGGUCGAUCUGAGAAGGAAGAGGCUUAAGUUUUUUACAGACGUAUGGAUGACACAUAACGUAAAGGACCUGCAAACGUGGGUAGGGGAGUUGGGAACAGAGGAAACACAGACUUCUCUCCCACAUUAAAAUGAAACCUACCCUUUCUGAGUAAAACAUGGAGAACUGGAGAUACAAACUGUGCUGAAGAACUUUCUGGUAGCAGCCAUCUUUGUGACGUGAACACACGUGAUGAGCAUGGUCUUCCUGUUGAAACAGAUUUCUUCCUCUGACAGGAGAGCUUUUCAGGCUCUCAUCUUCCUGGCUUGAGAAGAACAAACUUUUGGGAUGUGGAAGCUUUACUGGGUCAUUAGAAAUGUUUGCAGGCAGUAAGCUUCGUAUAAAACCAACCCUUCUCGGUGAAGCCUAGGAUGGCGACACUGGCACUGAACGGUCGCAGGGGCUGUACAGUUUUUAUUUCAGACAGUUGGCAACAGGGUAAUCUGAUAGGAAUCUGCUUUCGUGAGCACUAAAGAGUUUUAUAAUGGUAGUUGAUUUUUCACUAUGGACAUAAACAUCUUCAUGAGAAGUAGAGCCAUGAAACUCCUAGAAGCCAGAACACAGGAAGGAAAAAAGCCAUAUGAAAUUUGAAGGCCUGGAUGUUGCCGUCAUUUUAGACAGCUUAAAGGUUGUUGCAUCAAAUCACUGUAUCAUUCAAUUAAAUAAAACUAUGGAAUGAAUACUUGCUCAAAGUUA